GUUACGAGUAGGCGAUUUUGUUUUACUGCAUGUGAAAUAGUCUAUAAAAAGAUUUAUAUUGCCCAUUUUUGAAUGAGAAAGCCGUUAUAGAUGGAUAUGUGUAUUGCAGAGAGUGUGAAGAACCUCUGUGUGAAACGAUUGAUGUUAUGCUAACGAAACAUAUGAACAUAUAGCUGUAAUCGCGUGUGGAUUGUGAUGUACAAGCAUGCGCAUACCAUAGUAUGUACUUAUUAUAAAUAUACGGAGGUAAAUGUGUAAGAAUUUGAACAAAAAAUGUCUGUCAAACAAUACUUAUGCGGCCCCUGCUUGGAGGCGAAAGGCGAAAUAGAGGGCGUUGUGUAUUGUAGAGAAUGUGAUGAACCACUUUGUGCUCAGUGUAAACAGGGCCAUGCAAGGAUAAAGGUUUCCAAGCACCACAAGUUGUUUGACCUUGCGGAUAUUCCUCCCCAGGAGAUAAAGGAACUUCUGAAAAGCUUGAUUGCAUGUCCGAAUCACAAAAAUGAAGAAGUGGUCUACCUGUGUAAAGACCAUGAUGUUACCUGCUGUAAUAAGUGUGCGAUGGCUGAUCACAGAAAGUGUGAGGAAGUAAAAGUACUGUCUGAUAUAGUGCAUGACAUAAAAGUGGAUUGUAGGGGAUUGAAAACAGUGUUUUAUUCCUUGCAACAACAAGGCGAGAGUUUUUUGGAACAUGAACGUAAACACGAAGAAUUGAUAUCUGAAAUAGAAAGUAAAGCGUUAUCAUCACUUCAGACUAAAAAGCAGAAACUCUUACAAAUGUAUGCGGAACUUGAGGAUGAAGUGUUAUCUGCUAUUGCUGAUAAAAAGAAAGUGAUAGGAGAAAGAAAAAAAAUAAACAACGAUAAUUUACGUCAGUUUUUAAAUGACAUUAAACAGCAGUCAAGUUAUAUUGAACAGGUUGAGAAAUUUGGAACGAAUGAACACGUUGUUCUCCUGCAGCGCCAGCUUGAAAAGAAUUCGGUUAUUCGUCUGAAAUCAUCCGUAGGUGAAUUGGAGAAAAGUAAAAGCAAAUCUAGCUUUAAAUGUGUUGAGGAUACCUCUUUCGAUAGUCUACUGUUAGAAAUGAAGAAUGCCUUGCAAAUUGAAAACUUCACAUGUGAUGUAAGCGAGACAGGCUCCAAUACCGAUAGCAGUCAUUAUAAGCCAUAUAUGAAGCGAAUUCCACAGCUUCAAUGUACCAAAGAUUUAAGUAUUAUACCCAUGUUUGACAAGAAAAAACGCCCCGUCCCGUGGUCAUGUAUAUGGAUAGAUAAGUACAUUGUCAUAUCUUUACAUAAUACAGAUGCGUUACUAGUGAUUGAGGAAGAUAGUGAUUUUGUAAUAUCAAAAUUUAUUUGUGACGUUACGCCUUGGUCAGUUUCUAAGACUGGUCCGACGGACAUGGUGAUUACUUUGCCAACGGCUGGCAAAAUUGCAUUUGCACAACUACGUCAUGGAAAUGUGCACGUUAUUACAGAACUGAAAACAAGAGUCCCGUAUGACGAUGUUACUAGAAAUGUCCCACUCAACCAGUACAUAGGUAUGUCAAAUAGCAAGGGGCAGAUCGACAUUCUUAAUAAUGACGGAACGUUGCUUCGUGAAAUCAAUAUAAGCUCAGACAUAAAAGAGUGUGCACUAUCGAUAUUAAGUUGUUGUACUUUUAAUGCGCAUAAUAGUGUGUUAAUAAUUUCAAAUGGUUUGAAAAAAACAUUAAUGGCAUUUAACUUAAAUGGAGAGAAAGUAUUUGAAUAUAAACACCAAGAUCUACUUGGCAUACAUCAAAUUGCCGUUGAUCCUUGUGGUAAUGUGUAUGCGCCAUCCUAUCUUCUAAGCAUACAUCAAAUCAGUCCUAGUGGACACUAUAUCAGAACUCUCCCUUUAGGAACAGAAACAGAAUAUCAGAAUAUAUGUUUCAAUAACACGUUUGAUAAAAUUGCUUUGAGUGGUGGACAUGAAUCCGUCAAUCUGCGAAUUUACACAUUUGCUUGAACAAUGUCAUGGCUUAUACCUAUAAUUAACACAAAUAAUUUCAAAACCCACGAGCAAACGUAUAAACGCAUGUACCUUAUAACUUGCACGUGUUUUAGAUUGUGCAAUUGAAUGUUUUGGAAUAAGUUAAUGCAUUUGAUUUAUGUAAAUGAUAAUAAAUUUCGAGAGUUUACAAUAGUAUGAAAUUCCGUUUUGUAGUCUUAUUAAUAUGUUAAUGAAUUGCAGCUAACAUAAAUACUGUAUUUGUUGUGUAUAUUUCUUCGCCUGUACAAUUUGUUUACGAGAUGUUUUGAUAAAGUAAUGAAAUAUUCUAUAAAGAGACAUCAGCAUACUUGAAUUGGUAUCGAGUUUUGUGCUAAUACAUGUUUGAUGAUUACAUAAGCAUAUAGUAAUUAAUUUAUGAUAAUUAAAAACAAACACUAGGUGAUAUGAACGUUUGAAUUAAUGUUUAUUAUUUUUCUCAAAGCCAAAUAUUUAACCCAUUUUAUUGAUUACAUAUAAGCAUCCUUCGUGUAGCAAAUCAUCAAAUAUCUCAAGUUGGUAUAUAAACUUGAGUUAGCUAACAUGUUUACGCACAAUUAUCAGAUUACAAGUUUGACGCGGUGUAAGCUUCAGCAUUUGUUUCAUUAGUCAGCAUGUUAUGUACUGUUUUGCAUAUUCAUAUAGAGUUGAUUUGCAUAUGAAAUAUAUUUCAAUAUUGUUGCUUCGUUAUUACAUAUUUCUCAUUUAAGCUGUAAUUUGUAUGUUGCAUUUCCUUUAUCGUUCAUUUUCUUUACAAGCCGCUUUUGUAUGCUACAUGCAAAUCGUCAAACUGUUGACUCUUAAUUCUGAACUGCAAGUGCAAGUGUAGUACGCACACUAGAAAUAGUUUACGGCACUUGUUGUUUGUGUUCAAUUAAUCUAACUUAAUAUGUUGCCUGAAAUGAGUGAUUUGAUUUUAAUGAUCUUAUUUUGCGUCCAUGAGACUGUGGUUUCGCUUUAGUGUUACAUAAUAAAUUCGAGGAAACGAACUAUUUGUCCUUACAAGAUAUAUUUAUAACGGCCAAAUCUAGGAUUCUAUAGAAAUCGUACACCUAAAACCAAAAUCAAGAAAUAAAUGUCAUUGUUGGAUUUCGAAUGAAAACGAUACUAAUAUUUAAUUAUGAUAUGAAUACACAAGCGCACAAAAUUCUGUACUCAAGCGGGUGGAAACAGUAUGAGCGCCAGCAAGAAGGGGUUGCAAGUUCAAAUACCCGCUCAACCAUAACAUACUAACUCGGCUUUCAAUGUUCAAUGAGACAUUAAACCGAUAUAAAAUAUUGUGUAA